AUGUCGACACAGAAAUAUAUUAGAUUACCACCUUUAUCAUCGUUUGAACGGCAAGUGGCUUUGUCCAAUUUACAGUAGAGUAGUACGUUAACGUUAACUGAGCUAGCUCACUCAGAUAACGUUAGUCUAUGACAGUAACGUUACUAAGCGAAUCAAAUAAUAAUAAUACAAAUAAUUUAUAGUUAGCUGCUUGUUUCCAUCUCACUUUCAGACUGUCGUCUGAGUGUCAACAUAACGCUGAAAAAAGAACUGGGCGAGAAGUGGCAAUUGGCUGUCCUGGCUCAUGUAGAGCAUCAACCAGAGUAAGAUAAGCAGUUAGCUAGCUAGGUUGGAUCGUUUGGGACUUAUUGAUAUGCACACAAAGUACACUAUUCGUUCCUCUGCUAGCAAUUCUUUUUUUUAACGUUUUAUCUCACUCCCUGUCAGGUUGGCUGUACCUCAGGCUACCUGUCAACCUGGCCUGCCCAUGUCACCUCUCAAGUUAUUCAGCAGGGGAGGAGACAUACUUCAGGUGGAGAGAUCAGGAACCAUGGGUAUUUAGCAAAUUAUAUGCACUGUAAUAUGAUAUAGGGUUAAAGUUGUGGAAGGAUUUACUGUGAUGGAUAAUGUGCUACAGAUGUGGUGAUGAGUUUGGUGGCCCUGUGGGGAAGCCACGAUUCCUGGAGCAGCUUGAAAGCUACCUAAAGAAGGAGCUGCAGGCUCUUGACCCACAACGACCAAAAGUCCAGGAGCGCAAACUACAGGUCCCAUCCAUCUGUCAUAUAAUUUACACGUUAUCCAUGUAAUUUAGGCAUUGUUAGAGUGUAUUUACCUUACUAUAAAUAAGGAGUAUAGCGUAUAGAUUCAUUUUCACUAGGUUGUCAAGUCACAAAAUCUGCCCUCUGUCUACCUGUCAUACGCAGGCAUACCGGGAGGUCUUUGGCUGUUUCAUUGAGGACUUCAAAACGUACAAGCCACUUCUGUGUGCCAUAAAAAAUGAAUAUGAAAUCACAUUAGGUGUGUGGCAUUGCAGCAUGGAAUGUUUGUGAUUGUGGCAUAUAGGCCUAUAUUGUUAUGGUGAAUGUGAGUCUGGACAGCAAAACAAGGAUGAAUGGAAGUAUUAGAUAGACUUAAAGAUGUCAUGCUUAUAGGAUGUUGGAUUUGAUUGUCUAUGACGUCCAUUUCUGCAGCAUACCUACGGGACCAGAUCCGGGAGCUGGAGCCCCUCAGUGCUCGUCUGGUUGUGGUGUCAGAACAGUGUGAGAAGAGGAUCCUGGGCCUGCGAGAGGAGGAGAGGGCAGAGAUCAGGGCCCUGAAGCAAGAGCGCCAACACCUUCUAAAGGUUAUUGAAAACAUGAAAGAGACACAAAGUGCCCUGCAGACCCAGGUACAGUGCUUACCCACUAGGCUCAGUCUCAAUCACACCAGUGCUGCUAUGAAAACACCUAAUUAAAGUUAUUCUGUCUCAUAUCAACCAUGCAUGGGCUGCCUGAACUCUCCUUCAUCGCUCUUUCUCUUGUUCUUCUCAGGUGUGUUGUCUGCAGGCAGACCUGGCCGCUCAGUAUCUGAUGUACAGAGAAGAAUGUGAUGCUCGCAAGCUGCUCAUCGCCAACAUCAGCAGCAUGAGCUAUGGACCAGACGAGGAACCCGAGGAAGAGCAGGAAGGUGGUAAAAAAAUAUUUAACAAUAAAAUAAUGAUUGAUCAACUGUCUUGAUGUAAGCGAAGUGUGGAGUGUUGUCACCUCUGAAAACCUGUUCCUUUCCAUCAGAAGUGGAAAUGGAGGACCCAGAGAAGGAGAAAUUGGCUCUGAAGGUGUGUCGAGAGGACCUGACUAAAGCCCAGGUGGAGCUAAAUCGCUUGCAUGCUGAGUAUGGAGACGUAGUGCCCCGUCGUGACUGGGAGACGUUGGAUUAUACCCACAAAGAGAACUUGCUUAAGGUACAGUACAGUGAAAUGUUCGAUUCAACCACAGCAGACUCACUUCUUCAGACCUGAAUGAGUGUUGAAUCUCUCUUUGCACCUAUCCCAGCUGGAGACCCUGCAGAAAGACUUUGAUCAGAUGAAGGCUGAAUAUGACACACUGCUUGAGGUGCACAAGCAAGUCACAACACAGAGGGACAGCCUCCAGGGAGAACUGGAGGGCUUCAAAGAGGCCUCUACCCCCAGGCCAGAAUGGGAGCAGUGUGCAGGUAUCACAUAGAAAAAUUGCUCUAGGUUCUGUUUUUUUCCCCUUCACAUUUGUGCUAUGGUAUUGUUGGUAGUAGUGCUUAGAGUUUUGCUUUGUGACUGAAUCACUAUAAACAAUUUUAGAUCAGAACAUUUACACAGCACUGUGUGAUUACAGACGUGCUGGGAGGUAGUGAGAGUUGGGCAGAGCUCUCCCAGGGCCAGUCCAGCCAGCGGCGUCUGGAGAUCCUGCUAGCAGAACUGGGAGGAAAGACCUCAGAGUUUUUCACCGGACUGGUAAACCUCCCUCCCUGCCGAACUUUCAAAGUGCCUGAACAUCAACAACAACACAUUUCCAAAAAUAAUGGCAUGGUCAAAAGGUCUUCACCCUGUUUCCACUCAGGGUACUUCUGAAGAUGUGCCCAUAUAUCUGCGCUAUGAGGGGCAGUUGAAGAAACAUAGGCUAAAGAAGGCUGAUGUUGUGAGAAUCCUCAAGGAGGUUUGGAAGGAGAAGGUCAUUGAGGAUGAAAGGGUAAACUGAUACCUUUCUUUUUUCAAAUAAUCAGUUAAUAUUUCAUACACCGUUUGACUCUGAUAUUUCUUCUACUUGUAUUUCUCUUAAGAGAGAUGAAAGCAGCAAUCUUCCCGAGUUUCUGCGGCAACAUCUGGAGAGCCAAUAUGGGGAAAAGGCUGGGGAGUGGGCUUAUAGCUUAGUAGAGGGCAUUCGUCAACACCAAAAGGAUGACCCUGUCAGCCUCUUCAAUGACAUUCUCACAGGAAAGGUGUGUGAUCUUGCAAAUGUGUUAUACAGAGCUCUUCCUAUGAGUUUGAGAAAGGAUUGUGCAUGAUUUGAUUAUUAUAAAUGUAUUGUUAACAGGUGGAUGAGAGUGUGUACCAUGGUCAGACACAUCUACUGUCUAACCUGCUGAAAGUGUUGAUCCACAGUGACAGUACAGAGAGUGGGAUGCUCAGUGUUCAGGAUUUCAGGUAAUGCAGAUAAUCAAAUUACAGUACAGAUUAAAGUCACAAACAUUACGAUUAUGACAGUGAGUGGGCUUUAUAAAAUGGCCUCUGUUUUGCAGAGAUUACUUGAAAAUGGCUUUCCCUCUGAAAAGAGAGCAAGACAUUGAUGAGCUAGUGACCACAGCUCAGGCCGAGCUAGACAACAAUGGUGAAAGCCUCCCAUACCAAAGACUGUAUACAGAGGUAGCUUUUGUGGUCUCAGUCCAAAGUUUCACACCUCAGUCCACAUAAUUUCAUGAUCCCGUUUUGAUAGAGGUAUACCAGCCAUAUUCAAUAGGCGGACCAUGGUCCGGAAAUUUCAGGGAUCGGACCUUCUCAAAAAGUAUUUAAGUACCCUUGAUGUAUACAAUAGCAUCAAUGUAUGCUGUUUAUAAAAUAGUAAUAUACUACCACACUGAAACACAACCUUCACAAGACAAUAUAGACAGUACAUAUAGUACAGUGCAUUCAGAAAGUAUUCAGACCCCUUGACUUUUCCACAUUUUGUUAUGUAACAGCCUUAUUCUAAAAUUGAUUAAAUUAUUUUUUCCCCUCAAUCUACACACAAUACCCCAUAAUGACAAAGUGAAAACAGGUUUAGAAAUGUUUGCAAAUGUAUUAAAAAUUAAAAACAAAUAACUUAUUUACAUAAGUAUUCAGAACCUUUGCUAUGAGACACAAAAUUGAGCUCAGGUGCAUCCUGUUUCCAUUGAUCACCCUUGAGAUGUUUCUACAACUUGGUUGGAGUCCACCUGUGGUCAAUUCAAUUGAUUGGACAUGAUUUGGAAAGGCACACACCUGUCUAUAUAAUAUUUUACAUGUACAUUUUUUAGUCAUUUAGCAGACGCUCUUAUCCAGAGCGACUUACAUUAUUGAGUGCAUACAUUCUUUUUGUAUUAUUUUUUUUUUCAUACUGGCUCCCCCUGGGAAUCAAACCCACAACCCUGGCGUUGCAAACGCCAUGCUCUAUCAACUGAGCUACAUCCCUGCCGGCCAUUCCCUCCCCUACCCUGGACGACGCUGUGCCAAUUGUGCGCCACCCCAUAUAAGGUCCCACAGUUGACAGUGCAUGUCAGAGCAAAAACCAAACCAUGAGGUCGAAGGAAUUGUCCGUAGAGCUCCGAGACAGGAUUGUCCGUAGAGCUACGAGACAGGAUUGCGUCAAGGCACAGAUCUGGGGAAGGGUACCAACAGAUUUCUGCAGCAUUGAAGGUCCCCAAGAACACAGUGGCCUCCAUCAUUCUUAAAUUUAAGAAGUUUGGAACUACCAAGACUGUUCCUAGAGCUGGCCGCCUUGCCAAACUGAGCAAUCGAGGGAGAAGGGUCUUGGUCAGGGAGAGGGAGAGGGAGAAGGGUCUUGGUCACUCUGACAGAGCUCCAGAGUUCCUCUGUGGAGAUGGGAGAACCUUCCAGAAGGACAACCGUCUCUGCAGCACUCCACCAAAUCAGGCCUUUAUGGUAGAGUGGCUAGACAGAAGCCACUCCUCAGUAAAAGGCACAUGACAGUCCGCUUCAGUUUGCCAAAAGGCACCUAAAGGACUCACCAUGAGAAACAAGAUUUUCUGGUCUGAUGAAAUCAAAAUUGAACUCUUUGGCCUGAAUGCCAAAGGUCACGUCUGGAGGAAACCUGGCACCAUCCCUGUGGUGAAGCAUGGUGGUGGCAGCAUCAUGCUGUGGGGAUGUUUUUCAGCGGCAGGGACUGGGAGACUAGUCAGGAUCAAUGAAAGAUGAACGGAGCAAAGUACAGAGAGAUCCUUGAUGAAAACCUGCUCCAGAGCGCUCAGACUGGGGCUAAGGUUCACCUUCCAACAGGACAACGACCCUAAGCACACAGCCAAGACAACGCAGGAGUGGCUUCGGGACAAGUCUCUGAAUGUCCUUGAGUGGCCCAGCCAGAGCCCAGACUUGAACCCAGUCUAACAUCUCUGGAGAGACCUGAAAAUAGCUGUUCAGCAACACUCCCCAUCCAACCUGACAGAGCUUGAGAGGAUCUACAGGUGUGCCACGCUUGUAGCGUCAUACCAAAGAAGACUCAAGGCUGUAAUUUCUGCCAAAGGUGCUUCAACAAAGUACUGAGUAAAGUGGACUGAAUACUUAUGUAAAUGUGAAAUGUCCGUUUAUUGAUUUAUAAAAUGUGAAAAAAAUAUAUAAAAACCUGUUUUUGCUUCGUCAUUAUGGGGUAUUGUGUGUAGUUUGAUGUGGGUGGGGGGGACUAUUUAAUCCAUUUUUGAAUAAGGCUGUAACAUAACAAAAUGUGGAAAAAGUAAAGGGGUCUGAAUACUUUCAGAAUGCACUGUAGGCUGCCAUUACCAUCACCUGUGGCAAAGACGUGGUGCUAUGUCCUAUGUAGGAUGCAGAUGGGAAACACAAAGACUUUCUGAAUCUGGUGAAGAAGCAGGCCUCCACAGAGAGGCACAUGUACAUCGCCCAACUGAGGACUCAGCUGGGAGGCAAAGGGUAAGAGAAGCAUAUACACCAUGUAGGGCGGCAGGUAGCCUAGCAGUUAAGAGCCGACUAGGGGAAAAAUCUGCCUUAGUCGCUUUGGAUAAGAGCGUCUGCUAAGUGACGUAAAUGUACACAGAUCAACAUUUGCACAAGUAAUACCCUUGUUUCAUUGUUGUUUGAAAAGUGUAAACCGUUUUGAAAGGAUAAUCAGGGGCAUUGUGUUUUUGAUUCAGAGAGGUGACUGUGGCCGAUCUAAGUGCUGCCUUUAAGAACAUUGACCCCUCUCAGGACGCUACCACACUGGACUGGGUCAUAACUAUGGCAUUCCAGAUACCCCAGGAGGAGCUAGAGCAGCACACAACACAAAUGGACACAGAGCUGGCCCUGCAGCGCCUCCUGGCAGUGGAUGUGACCAGGGCUGGGCCUGCACCACAACAGGACUGAAUCACUCUAAGCACUUUUAGAAUGUGGUAGCCGUCAGGCAUCUAACUGCAUGUUUCUUUGCUAUCAUUACGGCCUGCGAACUCAUUAUAUAUUU